UUCUUACAUGCCCGCCCCCUUUCCCCAUUCGGGCACUUAAUCGUCAAUAAUAACUUCUGCUCUCCCGCAAUUCUUCCCACGCCGCACGCCUUGAAUUGCCUCUCCUCUCAUUGAGUUACGCGGACACUUGGGCGCAAUGGAUAUCGCCCUCGAAAUCUGGGACACCUUCAUUGGUGAUCGUCUCUACGCCACUCUUCUUCCCGUGUCCCUCUCCUCGUCGGUCUCGCUUCCCAGCUUCACUACCGUCGCCAAUAGCACACUGUCCUUCUUCGGUGCAUCCCAACCCUAUGUCUAUGAACCGGCCACCCAAUUGAUUUACCUGGAGCCUACCAAGUAUGCCUACAUGAGCGCUUGGCCAAGAAACAACAUUUACCGUCAAUCCCUCAGUUUCUUCUUGAUCGUCUGGUGUCCAAUUAGGAUUUUUGGGAUUAUUGUUUACUUCAUCUCCGCAAGCCUGUCGUACAUUUUCAUCUGGGAUAAGACGACCGUCCAUCACCCCAAGUAUCUCAAAAAUCAAAUUCCUAUGGAAAUCGCCCAGACUAUGCGCUCUAUGCCGGUUAUGUCUCUGUUGACGGCUCCCUUCUUGGUCGCCGAAGUCCGCGGUUACGCAAAGCUCUAUGAUACGUUCUCCGAUGAACCAUUCCCCUACUACAGCAUCCUCCAAUUCCCGCUGUUCAUCAUGUUCACCGAUCUCUGCAUCUACUGGAUUCACCGCGGCUUGCACCACCCGCUCAUCUAUAAGACGCUACACAAGCCUCACCACAAGUGGAUCAUGCCCAGUCCCUUCGCUUCUCAUGCUUUUCACCCACUUGAUGGCUGGUCCCAGAGCGUUCCUUAUCACGUCUUCCCAUUCAUUUUCCCGCUCCAGAAGGUGGCCUAUGUGUUCCUCUUUGGGUUCAUCAACCUCUGGACCGUGCUGAUUCAUGACGGCGAGUACGUUGCCAACAGCCCUGUGAUCAACGGAGCGGCCUGCCACACCAUGCACCACUUGUAUUUCAACUAUAACUACGGCCAAUUUACCACUCUCUGGGAUCGCCUCGGAGGCAGCUAUCGGAAGCCGAACGAGGAGCUCUUCCGCCGCGAGACGAAGAAUGACCAGGAAGAAUGGAAGAGACAGACCAAGGAGAUGGAGACUAUUCUUAAGACCGUUGAAGGUGACGAUGACCGGGCGUAUUUGGCUGAUACACAGACCAAGAAAAACCUAUGAAAUAUGAUCGAGACCUUUAAUGAGGAAUUGUUCUGGAGGUUCUCACCAGGCCCAAGCUUCGUUACCAUCGUUCCUGACCUCAAUCGACUUCGGCAAUCAUCAUGGAGCUACCAGUCAA